CAUCUCCCCGCGACAGGGACAAGCACGUCCCCUUGUGAGGCAGCGGCAGGAUGGCUGCUGCUGUGGUUGCCGGGUUGCCUACUUGCAGGAAAGAGAUUGUUUUUCUCCUGCGCAGCACAGUGCGAAAGUUUGCUUCACAGACCAAUGGCGAAGCCAGGGUGGCACAAAUUCUUAAGGAGAAGUUCCCUCAAGCAGCAACUAUCAAAGUGGUGGAUAUAUCAGGUGGCUGUGGAGCAAUGUAUGAAAUUCAUAUAGAAUCAAAAGAGUUUAAAGAAAAGAGAACUGUUCAGCAGCACCAAAUGGUCAAUCAGGCUUUAAGUGAAGAGAUUAAAGCAAUGCAUGGGCUACGGAUAUUCACUUCUGUUCCCAAGCACAGAGACUGACACACAGGAUUUAUGGAAACUGGUGAGGCUCCGGGAGGAUGCCCCUGGGCACAGGAUUAUGCUUGAAUCUGUAUCAGAGGCUUUGUUUUGUUUUUGCGCCUGGGAUCAUACUUCAAAUAAACUUACUGCAUCAGUGUACAGUGAAACAAAAA